AUGCAUCAAUCCCAUACAUCUCCAGAAUGCUCCUCACCGCUCGAUAUUAUGGUCAUAGGCGCAGGCCUAGGCGGUCUAGCUACGGCUAUUAGCGCCAGCCUUGCCGGCCAUAGAGUGACCGUCUUCGAAUCGGCAAAGGAGUUGCGAGAGGUCGGCGCUGGGUUGCAAGUCACGCCAAAUGCCACAAAGAUACUGCAACGGUUUGGACUGCCAGCGCGUCUGUGGGAGUCUGCCGCUGAGCCCACUGCUCUGCUCGUGCACCGCUAUUCGGGCCAGGUCUUGGCCAGGGACGAGGGCUUCAAUGUAAAGAUGCGUCAAAAGUACGAAGCCCCUUUCUUGGAUCUGCACAGGGUAGACCUCCAGCUAUCCCUCCUCGACCGGGCGAAGCAGCUCGGCGUCCAUAUCAGGCUUGGCGAGAGGGUCAAGUCGAUAGACUUUGACAAUUCCGAGGUUACCUGCAUCUCCGGGCAGAAAGCGCGUGGUGAUCUUAUUGUGGCGGCAGAUGGCCUGUGGUCAAAAUGCCGCUCGCUGUUCAUGAAGAGUGAGCAUCCACCGUUGCCGACAGGCGAUCUGGCAUACCGCAUCGUCCUCGAGCUCGACGACAUCACGGACCCUGAAUUAGUAGACUGGGUUCAGAAUCCCACUGUCCACUUUUGGAUCGGGCCCGGCGCGCACGCUGUCGGAUACUCACUCAAGGCUGGCACGAUGUACAACAUUGUAUUGCUGGUGCCCGACGACCUGCCCAAAGAAGCGAGCCGACAAGCGGGAUCUGUCGAGGAGAUGAUUGCCCUGUUUGAUGGCUGGGAUCCCAUCUUAAAGCGGUUCCUCCAGAUGGUGAAUGGCGUAGAGAAGUGGAAACUGAUGCAUCGCAAGUUUAACCUCCACUCUAUGCCCGAAUUUCGCAAUCCAGAACAGCCAAUCGAUGAGUUACCGUCUUGGGUGAACGAUAGGUCGAACUUUGUGUUUGUUGGCGACGCAUGUCACCCAAUGCUGCCGUACCUCGCUCAGGGAGCAAACUCUGCUAUUGAGGACGGUGCAGUUCUCGGGCAGCUGCUAGGCCAUAUCAAGUCGCGCGACCAGCUACCCCAGGCUUUGGAAAUGUACCAAGAGCUACGCAAGGCUCGUGGUGAAGCUAUUGUUCAAGAGACAUUCGAACAGCGUAAGGCGUUUCACAUGCCAGAUGGCCCAGAGCAAGAAGCUCGUGACAAGAUAUUCCUGUCUCAGCUCGGCAGCGAGCUCAAGGGUCCUUUCCCUAGCCGGUGGACUUGCCCGACGAUCCAACCCUGGCUAUUUGGUUAUGACGCCUCGGAGGAGGUUGAAGCGGCAGUCCGGAAUCAUCCAUUCCCAGUUCGACGAGAAGGAUGGCUUCUGUCUAGACUGGCGCCUUAUCUCCCUUGUGGCCUUGACGAGAUGUACCCUAAAUUUCCGCCUAGGGAUGGGAGCCCACUGCCGAACUUUCAGUCACAUCUGUUCAUGCAAAAAUUCCCAGGGCUUCCAGACGGCAUGCGAAGAGAACAAUUUGUGAUAUACGGUGGAGCGUGA